CAUUCAGCUGUCUUCUUCUUCGGUCCCUGCCAAAAUCCAGAAGAUUCUUAAAUCUCGUUUCUGCGGCUUAGGUGAAGUCUUAGCGAUAAGCUUUGUAUCUUCAUCUACCCAUGGAUUUCUGACGUAGAAGAGAAGAGAAGAACCAAGUUUUCUUCGAAAGGAUUGAACUUUGUUUCUUUCUCUUCACUUCAUCUGCAACAACAACAACAAAAAUGAUCAAGCUUUGCUUCAUGACUUCUCAUGGCUACUCAAUCCCUGGCCUUGGUCUUCCCCAAGAGCUCUGUAACACCGAGAUCAUCAAGAAUAGCCGGUCUUUUCUUGUGAAUCCUGGAGCAAAACAAGAGAUCAUACCUGCAAGCUCCUUCAGUCUGAAUCCUGAACCCUUGGAACCAUGGAAACCGGCUUCUUCAUUCAGCCAAUUCGUGGAGAUUGACUCAGCCAUGAUGAAACCUUUGCUCAUGGAUGUUCAUGAGACAGCACCGCAAUCUCUGGUUUUAAGCUUUGGAAUCGCUGAGAAGUUUGCAAGACAAGAAAGGGUGAUGGAAUUUCUUCUGUCUCGCUCAGAGGAGUUCAAGGGAAAAGGAUUCGACAUGUCUUUGCUAAACGAGUUGAUGGAGUUAGAUGCUAUGAAAUCCAGUUCUCAGCUACGACCGUAUGACACUUCCUCUGUUCUUUACUUGAAUCAAGAGUUUGGGAAACCGGUUUUGGAUCUUGUUAGGGAUAUGGUUGAUAAUCCAGAUUUCUUGCUGCGGUCGGAUGGUCACGUUCUAUUCUCUUCGAAUAGCAAUCCUGAGUUGAAUGAUCUACUUUCUAUUGCUUCCGAGUUCAAUUUGUCGAGGAAGUCAACAAAGUGGAGACAACUCUCACCGCUUAUCCCACACUUUCAGAGGUUUGAAAGUGAAAUAUUAAUACCGGCUAAGCUAAAAGCAGUUACAGUUCUAUCACCUUUGAAGAGUCCUGAGAAAACCAGGAUCAAGUCACCAAGGAAACAGAACGCGAAGCGAAAAGCUAACCAGAGGGACCUAUACAAAAGAAACCAUCUCCACGCUUACGAGAGCCUUCUGUCUUUAAUGAUAGGCAAUGAUCGUCAACACAAACACGCAACAGUAGUCUCUUUACAGAAAUCAUGCGGAGAGCUCUCAGAACUUCUGACUCAGUUUUCUAUCAGUGUUGCUGGGACUGGAAUCGCGGUGCUCUUCUCUGUUGCCUGUAGCCUUGCUUCAAGGCGCGUACCCUUUUGCGCAAACAAGUUUUUCGACACCGGCCUUGGUUUGAGUUUGGUAAUACUGUCAUGGGCUGUGAAUAGACUGAGGGAGGUGAUUGUUCAUGCCAAUAGGAAAGCAAACAAGCCCUGUUCAAGUUUGAAGGAUGACGAAAUCAUAACUAGUGUGGAGAGAAGCAUCAAGGAGGUUUACUUCAGAGCUGCCACGGUAUUUGCGGUGUUUGCGCUUAGGUUUGCAUGUUGAAAACAAGUCGCUGUGAGAGGUUAAAAUCUCGAUUUACCACUCCAUGGGAAGCUUAAAAAGGGUCGUUUGUAAAUUGACUAGAACUUGUGAGCUGUAAAUGUGAAAGAUGAUGUUGUGUUGUAGAACCUAAGAUGGAGAUGUCAAUGAAUUUUGAAGAGAAUAAAUGUUUUGCAAGAA